UGGCGCAGUGUGUCGGGUGAAGCAUGGCUGGAAAUAGUUUUUUACUACAUCUUCUGCUCACUGCCAUCGUGGGACGGGCUGCUAAAGCACAGGACGAGACUUCUACUGAUAUGGACAUCCAAACAGCCAAUCAGACUAUAGAUCCUCUGUUGAUUUCUGUGACAUCAGAGGGGCCUCCAACUUCGACCACACCUGCAGAGGUGGAGGAGGACACUGUGCCGUCCACUGGCACCCGCUGUCGGGGUUACUAUGAUGUCAUGGGUCAGUGGGACCCUCCCUUUAACUGUAAUGCAGGUAUCUUCCUGUACUGUUGCGGCACCUGUUUCUAUCGGUUCUGCUGUCAGUUCCGUCAGCAACGACUGGAUCAGACUUCCUGCUCCAACUAUGAUACUCCAAUUUGGGCCAACACAGGAAAACCAGUGGCCACCAACACUGAGGUGCAGCCAGACCAUGAGCGGGAUCGGACUCACAUGAUUGUGUACAUUAUCUGCGGUGUGGUGGCCAUCAUGGUCCUAGUGGGUAUCUUCACCAAACUGGGGCUGGAGAAGAGCCGUGGAGUCCAGAAUGAUCUCAGAAACUCCAGGACUCUGCAGGAGUUGCUGAAGCAGCCAGGUGGGGAUGUGAGGCCUAUGGAUGGACCUCUGAGCAGCACUACAUCUAUCGGAGCAAACGGUAUCUCUGCCAGGAUGCUUCGCAGCCGCAGUGAGCAGUACCAUCUAAACAACGCCGGCUUUUCUUUUGGUACAUCGGCCAGACUCUCUCAUCCUCAAUGCAACCUCAGUAUACCAGGCCCGGCGCUGAAUAAGUACAACUCUCUGAAAGCAGUCGCCGAUACUGCGAGCAGGGGCUACUACAAAAGUUAUCCACUAAUGGAUUUCUCUCAGCAUCAUUCCCCUCCGGCACCUUUCCAACCAAUGCCGAUACACCAGAACGACAAGUCCUACCUCCACCAGGUCCUCCCUUCCCAUGACAUCCAUUCCCCCCUUUCAAUCUCAAUCCCAACCAGCCAGCUGGAGAGGACCCGCAUCCCAAAAACCAUCACUCACCCUCAGCUUUCCAGCUCAGCCUUCAAAGCUUGGGAUUCUGGACAAAGACAUGUUCACCGGCAGACUUCGCAUCCUGGGCAUUCCACUCGCCAUCAGACCUACAGCAGCAGGAGACAGUACAGCACAGAAACACUACCGGAGUUCCUCUCCCAGCCCAAAGGCAAUGCGGGACAACCACUGUAUCAGCCACAUCCCAAACGUAAGGCCUACCAGACCAACAGCAAGACGGAGGUCACUGUCUGAGGGAAAUGGGAAAGAAACAAACAACACUGCUGACUGUUAUCAGACUGAAUGCACAAAAACUACAAUCUCACGACUAUGUAGUCAUUUCUACUUUCAGUGCUAAUCCCCUCUUUAUAUAGUUUCCUAUACGUCCCACUUUUCUGAGGUUAUCUCUUGCCUCUUUGUCUCUGAUAACAAGGUGAGUGUUCACAUCAGAAUACAGGAAUGGCGUCCGAAGCCACAUUAGCUCAACGAGGACAAUGCCAUCAUCACGUCAGCCUAAAUCUAAGUCAUUAAGGGAAAUUAUCCUGGCCAUCUUUAAAUAAACACAACCUCAGGAUUCCUUAUGUGAAAAAAGACACAAAGCAAACUCGUUCUCCUGCCCAAGGAGAGGAAAAGAGCAACACCCAGACGCCUGGUCUCACACUAGGAUUUAAGUAUAAGCUUUGCGGAGUGAGUUGAGGAUUUUGUGCUCAUGAAGAAAGGUUAUUCGAGCUUGAGCAAAUUUCACGGUCUUCCUCUCCGACUUGGGUAGUCUCGCUUUGGGAAUGUCACUCAUUAAAUUACUCAUUUGUUUUAGGGGAUUGAUGUUGAAAAAAGAAAAAAAAAACACUUAAGGCAUACCAAUCCGGUUCCUGUGGGUUACAAUAACCUUUGUACAAAAGAAUGAAGUUGAUCUGUCAGCGAAUAUAACACUAACUUGACAAGUCUGAUAAAGAACCAUGAAACAUUUCUUAAAGCAUUUUUUUUUAUUCUGCAUACAGAUUUAUUAUUAUUAUUAUUAGCAUGUUUGCCUUUUUUGGGACAGGAUUUAAAGGGAUACUUCACCCAAAAAUAAAAAUUGUGUAUUUAGUUCCUCACCCUCAUGUCGUUCCAAACCUGAAGACCUUUGUUCAUCUUAGGAACACAAAUAUAUUUUUGGAUGAAAGCUUUCUGACCCUGCAUAGACAUCAACACAACUGACACAUUCAAGGCCCAGAAAGGUAGUAAAGACAUUGUUAAAUCAGUCCAUGGGACAUCAGUGGUUCAACUCUAAUUUUAUAAAGGUACGAGAAUACUUUUUGUGGUUAAAGAAAUCAAAAAUAUAUUUCCUCUGUUCUUCCUGGAUGUGCUGUGGCUUGUUUGCAAGCAGAGAACUGCACAUGCAUUGUGUCGUGGUACUCUUGUGAACAUGUGUCAAAGAAUUACCGAGAAGAGAAGAAAUUGUUGAAUAAAGUCUUUAUUUUUGUUUUCUUUGCAUGCAAAAGGUAUUCUUGUGGCUUCAUGAAAUUACCACUGAUGUCACAUGGACAAUUUUAACAAUGUCCUUACUAUCUUUUUGGGCCUUGAAUGUAGUAGUCCCAUUUCUUUCUAUGCAGGGUCAGAAAUCUCUCAGAUUUCAUCCAAAACACCUUAAUUUAUGUUCUGAAUCUGAAUGACGGGUUUACAGGUUUGGCACAAUGUGAAGGAAAGUAAUGAAGCAAAGUAAAAGCAAAAUAAAUUUGGGAUUGAGAAAGGACCCCAAAACAGGAGUCAAACUCUGAUCAGAUGAUGAACUACAUGGCAGAAUGCUGCCCACAAGGCUAACAGCUAGAUUAAUUUUCAGUAGAAAUAUUAAGAAAAGCUUGUUUCAUGAGUCUUCAUUAUAGUUUUUACAUUUAGAUAACUCCAGUCAUGGAGUGAAGACAUUCUCAAAAAUCUAACUUCAACUUUCCUGCAAUCUUCACAAGACCGCCUGACUAAAAGUGUCCAGUCCUCCCUGUCUUGCUCACUUUACAGAUUGUUGACCAAGGCAGAUUGCCUCAUGGUGUGAGGCUGAAGAAAUGAUGCCAGCAGUUCUGAGCAAUGGUCUGGACCUUGGAACUAGGAAUGACACACAUCAUUCUUGUAAACCAAGCUAUGCAAUGGCAAAAAUAUCAGCUCUUGUGAAUUAACCAUCCUUGAAAUCAAGAUCUCACAAGCACUAGCUCUCUUGUAGGCAAGCCUUGCACCGUCUACCUUGUACUUGUGCAUCCUUCCUUUCACUUGGAUCACUGGAGAGAGUUACCAGAACUUUUGCUUCAGAAACAAUGUAUCCAAAUUCAAAAACAAGAUCUACUUCAAAUACCAUUUAGAGAGUCUGAUGGGGAAAAGUAUGACACUUCUGAAUCCAAGCUAACUGCGUUAGCUAAUAAUCUGCAGUAGUACCUGGAGAUUCAGUUCAGAUUCUGGUAUGACUAAAAUCCCCAGCUAGCGGGAUUGGGAAAUGGAAAAACCCAUGGUGAUUAGAGAACUCUUUGAACAAUGAAGGGAAAUCAGUGUUACUCCACACUGUUACUUGUUAAAAACUGUUGUAUAAAAGUAAUAAAUCACACUCACUGAAUAUUAGCACAUUAUCAUUCUGAUCAACAACACUCUUGCUAUUAUGAUAUUCCUUACAAGAUUUUAUUAUUAAAAUAUAUGUAGGCAACUAAUAAGUGCUUCCUAUAGGCUACUGUACGGAGUGUGUUUUGCUUUUCUUCGACCUUCCUGUGAACUGGGCACUUCUGCUUUUUCUGUUUAGAAAUGUAUAUUAAGCAUAUUAAAAAUAUUUCUGUAAAUAUAUAUUUAUGUACAUAAUUGUAUUAUCUAAUUAGAGAAUAAUUAGGUACUACAUCGACGCUUUGUAACAUUUAAAGAUAUCUGAAAAUUCGAGUGUUAGUAUAAAUACUAUUUGUUACGUUGGUAACGCCUACAUUAUUGUGUAAAAACUGUAAUUUAAUUAGUCAUAUAAAGGUUUUUAACAUUGAUUGAAUAAAUAAAACAAGAAAGGCUAUUUUGAAAGGAAAUUUACGGUUUUAUAUCAUUUUGGGUAGCCUAUAUGAGUAACCAUCAAUAACCCCCCCAAAAAGUAAUGGAUCAUUCUUCAGUUGGGAUGGCAAAUGACAACUUUUUUCUUAAAUAUCACAAAAUAUGUAUUUUUUUAAACAAUUUAAAAUGUUAAAUAAAAUCUAUAUUUACAUUAUAACCACUUUAUUUGUGUUAAAAACGUUUCAUUGUUGCAAUUACAUUCCAUGAUACUGCUCUAAGGUAUGGCGGGAACAUGCCUAUUUUGUUACAAAUGCAAUCUCCCAAAAUCAAUUAAAUACGUAUUUUAAAACUAAAAGUUAACUAUUAAUGGUGCACAAAUUGUGUUAACCCUAUAGAAUAUAAAAUUUUUAUAAUUUAUUGGUAAAGUUGAGGGACACCACUUGCCACCGCAAUUGAAAAAUGACCCUAAUGCUUGAAAUGAUGAAUCCGUUUUCAAAUGUGUAUUUUUACC